UCCUUCCGGUGGAUGAAAGUGCCAGCCUGGCUACGAAGAAAGUUUUGUUUUACACGUAUCGUGCGGAAUUGAUUUGAGCAACUUCACUCAGACCAUUUUCAUGGAUAGAUCUGAGCGCAUUUAUAAGGGAAAAUUUCAAUUGUUACCAAAUUACGGAGAUACGACUCCAAGCCUCAGUGCCGGCUGUUGUCCGAGUUAUUGACAGAAGCAUCGAUGUUUUGUUCAGAUUCAUUUGCGAGUAGAUUAUCUGCUUAUUUUGUACAACAAAACCCUACGCUGAAGGGAGUUUCAGGAAAGGACCUUUCAACAAUGCCAUUAACAAAGAAGACCUUAGAUAAACUAUAAAGUGGCAGUUUAAACGGUCUAUCUGGAUAUUGAAUCAUUCACAGGAGUAAGCAAGCAGUCUAUUUGUCAAAAAUGCUGUCAGGUCGAGCUAUAUACAGUUCAACGUCUAGCUUGACCCUGUAUGUUGGCUUGUUAGCCUUUUCCAAAUUCCUACGUGCAGUUGGUCUAUUCCUGGCCUAUGAUCUGCUGAAGUUGAUUCCUGUGGUACAGUUCCUCUUCAUUGUGAAGGCAGGGACUGCUGUACCACUGCUGUUUCUUCAGAAGCCCUUGAGCACAGGCAGGAGACUGACAAAAAAUCAGCUCUUCCGGAUAGUGAGACAUGCAUUUGUUGGCAGCCUUAUUGGUUUCUUGUGGAUGUUUGGACUCACCUUGUGUGGUCCCCUCAGAACCAUUUUGUUGUUCGAGCACAGUGAUGUUGUGAUCAUCGCGGGAUUUACAGCUCUCUUCACAAACAAUGGAGGAGGCCCUGCGAAGUCCCGCGGUGCUGUUUUCUUCUUGGUUGCCGUGGUCACACUUCUUUUGUUUGAUCAUGAUGAGAAACUUGACAUGAUGUCUGAACAUGAUGCCAGCCAUGAUGACAUCCAUGGGACGUUUAUUUCUCAUGUGUUCUAUCACGUUGUAAAUCUGGUUGGAUGGUCUGACCACAAAGGUGGUGUGGUGCUGUUGUUCAUCACCUUGUGUCUUCAUGUGGGCUACAAUGCAGCUGCUAAAAAACUGUCAGUGGAAGUGGGCGGGGCAAAACGUCUUCAUGCUCUGUCAACAUUUGUAUCAGCUGGUCUACUGUGGCCCUGGGCAGCCUUCAUAUACCUCACACGAGAGAGUGACAUACAGUCAUGGCUCUACCUGUUGUUUCCUCUUCUGCUGGUCAUCAUGUUCGUCUUCCUGAUUGACUUCUACAUCGAGGCAGUGUCCAUAAACCAUCUACAGCCACAGAAGACGGCUCUAUACGGCGUGGCUGCCAUCUCCCUGGGGGCGCUGUUCCUCAGCUCCACCUGGAAUCACCCCUACAUGGCCCAGAUCACCACCAUGCACAAGCUGAGGGAAGUCAUCACGGAGGACCAUGUCCUCUCGGGGGGAGUUGUCUUCAGCCUCAUGGCUCUCAUCCUGGGUACAUGGUUGCUGGUGUCCCCAAGCCGCAGUGCCAAGGGCAGCUUCAUUGGCUACUCUCCAUCCGGACUUCCAUUGUACAGUUUUGCAGGGGAGGCUUUCCAUCGCACAUCACAGUCAGCUUUCAUAAUUCUCAAAAACGGCCUUCGACAGAUUCUGGAGGAAUCAAACUCCCGCAAGAUCUUCUACUUCUUGUGUAUUAACCUGAUGUUCACGUUUGUAGAGCUGUUGUACGGCGUGUGGACCAACAGUCUCGGUCUAAUAUCUGAUGGGUUCCAUAUGCUGUUUGAUUGCUCGGCCCUCGUCAUGGGCUUGUAUGCCUCCAUCAUGACCAGAUGGAAAGCAACAAGAAUAUUCUCAUACGGGUAUGAUCGGGUUGAAGUGCUGUCUGGUUUUAUUAAUGGCCUCUUCCUUGUCAUCAUUUCUAUAUUUGUAUUUGCUGAAGCCGUCACGCGACUUUUUGAGCCACCGGAGAUCAAAACAGCAAAACUGCUGACUGUCUCCGUUCUUGGUUUAGCAGUAAAUCUUAUUGGUAUAUUCGCCUUCAGUAGUUCACAUGGACACGGCCAUGGAGGUCAUGGCCACUCUCACGGGGGAGGUCACGCACAUGGGGGAGGUCAUGGUCAUUCUCAUGGAGGUCAAGGUCACAAUCAUGGAAGUCAUGGCCAUUCACAUGGAAGUUCAAGUCCAUGUGAACAAAGCCAUUCUUUGUGGGGGGAUCAUGGACACAGCCAUGGAAGUCCGUCGCAUGCUUCCCAUGGUCACUCCCACUUUGGGAGUAAUACGAACAUGCAGGGGGUGUUUCUACAUGUGCUAGCAGACACCAUGGGCAGUGUUGGCGUCAUUAUAUCAACGCUGAUUAUAGAGAACUUUGGCUGGAACGUGGCUGACCCUAUAUGUUCAUUAUUCAUUGCGACGCUCAUAUUGUUGAGUGUGUUGCCUUUACUGAAAGAUACAACAACAGUUUUACUUCUAAGAACUCCGACAGAAAUGGAAAAAGAUCUAACACAUAUUUUACAAAAGGUUUUGACGAUAGAUGGUGUAAUAUCAUACCGACGCCCUUACUUCUGGUGGCAUACGUCAUCAAAGGUCAUCGGUAUGCUGCAUGUUCAAGUGGCGCCCGACAAAAGUGAACAGAAAAUCAUUACCCAGGUGACAUCACUUUUCCGAGAAUUUGGAAUUACCAAUCUGACAGUGCAGGUAGAGAAGGAAUCGUUCUUCCUUCACCUGUCUGGGCUGGGGGCGUCGCUGGACAAUGUGGCCGCUGCCACCCAUGACAUGCAGAUCCUCACCUUUGAAGAACCAUUCACAGUGAAAUCUAUAUGAGAACAGCAUAGUGUGAUAUACAAUGAUAUAUGUGUAUAUAUCUUCCUAACAAAUAGAGAUGUAUGUCAUAUAGGUUGUGUGCAAUUUAUUAUCAAAUUUGAAAAGUAAGUAUGAAUAGAAUAAUGAUUGAAAUAUAUUUUGAAAUAUAUUAUGAUAUAUAAAUGUUAAAAGUAGGAUGUAUUUUCAAUUUUUGGAAAAUAGUGAUCUAGUCCUUGUUUCUUGCAGUCUUAAAUACAUUAACAUGAUCAACAUUGAAGGACAGAAUCCAUAAACUCGUGAUUGAAAAUGAAUGUUCGAUAAGAACAGUGAUGUUGAAUCAGCUCAGCAGAGUGAAUACUCAGGUGUGAUGAACUCUAUCCAGUUGUACAAAUUGUGAGUAGUCCCGUGUCAGUAUGGUUUUUAGAACUAGCAACUUAUUAAAGACAAUGUCAGCAUUAAAUUUCUAUACAUUUGAUUUUUGAUUUUGAGGCAGAUCCAGGAUUUAAGAAAGACUAAGUGUGGGUUGGGAUGGGUGAAAGAGUGUGGUACACACUGUCCAAGUCACAGAGUUUAAAAAACAACACGUGAUAGAGGGAUAGACGAAGAAGGUUGAAAACAAAGGUUUCUGAAAAUGGGUGCACUGGCAUCACCCCCACACCCUAACCCUCAGUAAUGUGACAGGAACCCCUUGGCUGAGGGUCCUGUUGGGGGGUCACAAGCAGACAGUUUAAUUGACAGCCUUUAGUCAGUAGUCAUUAUCUUUUGGUCUUUGUCAGUAAAAAAACAUGUGAAUAGCGGACAAGCUGUCAAAAUGUGAAAUUGUAUUUAUGUGCAUGCAGAUCAUCAGUCUGGGAAACAUGGUGACAGCUGUUUCUUCUCUCGUUUCAUUACUGCAGUUCAUGUUUUGCAAAUACGAAACACUGAGUUAUGUAGAUGUACAUAUACGACUUUUAUGAGAUUUUAGCAUGGUUAUGCUAACAGUUAAGUUAUAAUUUACGCUUUUCAGUUUCUUAUGCACAUUCUACGUUAAUCUUUUACGAUAAAGAUUACAUUUACAUUUCUUGUUUUAUGCUAAACAGUAUACCCCAUAAGGACCCUCUUGACUUCCAUCCUUCAUUCUGAGCACUGUUGUCUGAACUAAUGGAGGAGUUGUAAUGUAGGGUCAUUGUACGUUUCAUGGGAUCAAAACUAAAGUUUGGAGGGUCGAUGGAGUUUGUUGUAUCUGUAUUUUGUGUCAAACUUAUUGGUUAGUAUAGCACUGUUAGUCUCCUAGCAAUAACCUUCACUGAAUUGAUUGUAAAUUGCCCACAGCCUCAGUUGACAAGGUGCUAUAUGAACAUGUGUGUCUGUGUAAUGAUGUAUUGACCACAACAGGGGGUAGUCAAUAUUCUCGCAAUGAUCAGCUGUUGUGUGUGUGCGUGUGAAGCCAACUGAAUGUAUGGCUGUGUGACAGGGUGUCUGAUUUGUUUAUAGAUGGAAUGUUGUGUUAAAAUAUGUUUGAAGGCCACUAUUAGCAAUAUUUGUGGGUGGAUGUCUGCUGGUUCCCUUUUGUUUCUGCUGGACAACUCCGUCAUUUUUUUACGUGCUCAAGCAGCAUGGGCAGUCUGAGGUCUAUUGUUGCCUUUUAUUUUUUAUUUU